AUGGGUUCUGUGCGUCAAGCUGACCAGACCAGUCAAGGCCAGGCAAGCGGAGGUGGCCAGCGCCCGACUGCUUCAUCAAGGGAACAGCAGCAAAGCCAGCAUGUUGAAGAGGGCGGAAAUGUGGCCCAUCAAUCGGGCAACCUCAUGGCGGAAGCCAUGAAGAGAGGAGGAAUCUUGGGCUGGGGAUCCUACUUGACGUUCGCCUGGGCAGGGCCUUUCCUCAAGCUCGGCUCCACUGUCACCCUCAAGGAGGAGCACCUUGAAGGAAUCUACGACAAGCACGAGAGCCACAGAAACUAA